CUAUACUGUCUGACUGAGGUGCGGCCAUGUUUUGAUUGCUGAGAUGGGGAGUUUGACAAAUAUAAGAUAAAAUGCCAAGUUGUAAGCCCAAGACACGUUUCAUACCAGCCACGUGUGCUUGGACGCUACUUCUAGCAUGUACUACACUAUUUUUCGUCUAUCCGUGUAUAUCUUUGUACACGAGAUGGGGCAUCUACGUACCUGUGUACCAGGGUGUCGUCACACUCUUUGUGGUGCUCAAUUUUUCUUUAGCCACUUUCAUGGAUCCUGGAGUUAUACCAAAAGCCUCAACAGACGAAGACCGGGAUGAUGACUUUAGAGCUCCGCUAUAUAAGAAUGUUGAAAUAAAUGGCAUCACUGUCCGUAUGAAGUGGUGUGUAACAUGUCAUUUUUAUCGGCCCCCUCGUUGCUCACAUUGUUCCGUAUGCAACCAUUGUAUUGAGACGUUUGACCAUCAUUGCCCAUGGGUUAACAAUUGCAUAGGCCGACGGAACUAUCGCUAUUUCUUCAUGUUCCUCUGUUCCCUCAGCAUCCACAUGAUAUCCAUCUUCACAUUUUGCCUCAUCCAUGUACUUGAUAGAAAAGAAUAUCUUACAGAGCCGAAUACUAUUGUGAGCAUGGUGGUGAUGGGAGUCAUUGCUCUUCUCUUAAUUCCCAUUCUGGGGCUCACGGGGUUCCAUAUGGUUUUGGUUAGCCGAGGGAGAACUACAAAUGAACAAGUAACUGGCAAGUUCAGAGGCGGCUAUAACCCUUUCUCCCGAGGAUGCUGCCGAAACUGCUGUUUUAUUCUAUGUGGCCCACAAUACCCUAGUAUCAAACGGCCAGCCAAAUAUAUAGGAAGAUAUAAGUUCAAACCUUCAUCAAGUCCACCUGCACCGGUCUCCACAAUCACAAGUCAGAGUCAAGUGCGAGUCUACAUGGACAAUGGUGUCCAAGCCCCAAAUUCUACUGCCUACAGCCAAUUUCUAUCCCCGCACAAGGCAGCCAUCUGUACCUCGGAAGAUGUAUUGCCUUUGCACCCUGGAGUUUUAAUGCAUAAUUUUAAUAUUACUGAACUGGUGGAGGGGGGAGGGGCUGGAGCAUCGUCGUCUGUUGGUGUCGGCGCAGGCGGGGGAGGAGAGUGUGUGGAAGAUGGCAGCCAGCCCCCACCGGGCAUGAGCCAAAGUCAAGACUGCGAACCCACACCCCCCUUGCCUCGUCACCCCUCCAAGACUAACUUCUUCCAGCCGGAUGCGCCACCUCCACACCAUCACCCUGCUUAUCACCACCACCAUCACCAUCACCCAUACACCGACUCACCACGCAAGGCCAACGCAAGUCAGCAGGUAGCAAGACCACCUCGAUCUCCACACACUUCCAGACCACGAGGACUAGAUGGACGAUCGCGAUCUACCACACCAGAUCCACUUUCCCCAGAACGGCCCAUUCAAACCUCCCCACCAGCGCCAGGAGGACCACGUACAGGGCCUUCUAGCCCCAGUGGACAAGUAUAUCAAGGUGUUCCAGGUUCUCCUACGUUGCAUCACCGUAUGAAGCAGCUGGGUGGAGUUCCAACACCACUGGCCAUGUCCUCUCCGCUACGUCGUUCAAAUCCAAGCACGCCUACUCAACCUCGCCGCCCUGAUUUCAUUGGCAUUGGAAGUGAUGGAGGUAGAGGACCACCACAGUAUUAUCCUCAGUACUCUUAUGAACCGCCUCAUACCGCUCACUCUAAUGGCUCGCCCCAGAGACGCUACAUGUCUGAAUCGGAAUUAAUGAGACAGCCAUCAGAACCAAAUGCUUCAUAUCCACGUACAACUACAAUGUUUGACAAUAUUCAGGAGCUAGCUGGAUCUCCUCAACAUGGCCAGUACACAUGGAGGGAUCAGUCGCCUCCACAGUACUGUCAAGGUGGACCAAAUGACCCUGGAACAGCUUAUCAAUCCUGUGGAUCCCAAGAAUACCGGUCAAAUCCUACAAGUCCAACACAAACCUGUCCUGCACCUCAUUAUUAUCAUCUCAUACAUCACACCCAAGUAGCUGGUGUUCAUAGUGGACAUUACCCACCCACACACCAAGCCACCUAUACUCAUCAUAUGGGACACCAGCCACACCAAGGGUAUCCACCUCAGCAACAAAUGAAUGUUGGGCGCCGCAACUCUGGUCCAAGUUAUGUUGGUCCACAGUCGCCUCAAAUAAGACGGAAGAACUAUGGAGGUGGUUUGGCAACUCCUCCAACCCCAACAGAAGGUAGUAGACCAAGUCCUGGUCAAAAACGACCUGUGUCUUUUGUUAGGUCUUUAGAUAUGAUGGAUAGCAUAGAAAUGUCUUCACGAGGUCCUGCUCAUAUUCAAGGUCCACAUGGGGCACCUCACGAUUCCCACCACGGAGUGAUUCAUACUCAACGUGGGUCACUUGGAGGAGCCCUGAGCCCUACUCACACCCCUAAACCCGACCACCGAUUAGCUACUCCGCAAGAUCUUGACCGGCGUUCUGCAUAUGACAUGAAUUAUGAGAUUAGUGUGUGAAGAACUCAUCCUGCUGCAAACACCCAGCAAGUGGGAGCUUGAGUGUUUUUUAUGUGUUUGUAUGUGUGUGUGUGCGUGCGCGAGUGUCUGACCAUGACAAGUGGGUCAGCAGCAGGGUGUUUGUGGUGUCAAGGUGGUGACAUGACAUUGUGUCAAGGUGGUGACAUGACAUUGUGCCAAGUGUAAGCAUCCACCUGGAACAUUUUUAUAGUAAUGGGUGUGAUGAUUGCCCACUAAUCCGAAAAUUGGGCACUCCUUGCCAAGUGUGCACCUAUGCUAGUCACAAAUAUUUGUUUCCUUUUAAAAGCCAUGACUUGAAAAAUGGAGCCUGAAGAGUGUUUUAUAGUGCAGCUGGGGCAUUCACAGACAGGACAUGCCAUUGUGGUAAUUCAUUAUCAGUUGCUAAUGGCUGCCAUUAUGGUAGUGUUAGUAGACAAUUUGUUGCCCCAAAUGUCCUCAUUUUGAUUGGAUUUUGGAAAUAUAUAUAUAUAUAUAUAUAUAUAUAUAUAUAU